AUGUUGUCAACAACAAAAUCAUCGAUUUUUGUGGUGCUAUUGGCAUUUUUGGUAGGAUGGUCCGUAGCUAUGCGAGAUCAAUCGAUUGCUGUCAAGGGACAGUUGUUGUGUGGCGCAAAGCCGGCGGCGAAUGUCAGAAUCAAGUUGUGGGAGGAGGAUACUGGUGGGUUCAGCGCAAAAAGUUGUAUAGGGGGUCAAGCAGCGAGCCCUUGACACCUUCUAAGCUUCUCUAGGCGCCAGUGCUUGAGAUAUGUUUAGUCAAGCAGGUAGCCCUUGAGAGCCUCCAGGUAGUCUAGACUUCACUCCUUGAUACAUCACUUGUCAAGCAGCCGAGCCUUGACAGCACCUAAGCUUCUCUAGGCGCAAUCCCUACUCAUCCCUCUUCCCAAGCACCCAACCCUAUACCAAAGUACAUACAAGCUUUUCUGGUCAAUUUUUUUAUCAAAAACCUUUUUUUCUCCACUGAUAAGCAUUACGAUUUUUCCCGAGCCGUAAACAACUUUUUGUGUCCAACAAAAAAUUGGACAUUUGAUUUUGGCUCCAGAAAAAUCUGGGGAAAAUGUACUUGGACAGGAAAUCCGAGAAGGUUCAGAGAAAUUCGAAAAUUGCAAGAAAAAAGUUAGUGAGGUGUGAAAAUGAAAAAGAAAUAUGAUGUCAAUUUUUUUUGCAUGAGCAAAAAUUUAGGUAGAUCAAAAAUUGAUUUUUCAAGCAAAGGCUCCUUGACAGAAUAAUCUAGCUCUCAAGAAGUGGCUCCUUGAGGUGAUAUGAGGUGUGUAGUAGAUGGCCCUAGUCACUUCUAUCUAGCUCUCAAGCAUCCAUCCCUUGACACCUCUAUCUAUCCCUCAAGCAUCCAUCCCUACUCACCUCUCUAUUUCCAGGACCGGACCCAGACGACCUCCUUGAUCAAGGCUACACCGAUGCUCAAGGAAAAUUCCAACUCGGUGGUGGAACCGCUGAACUUACACCUAUCGAUCCAAUCUUCAAAGUCUAUCAUGAUUGUGACGAUGGAAUCAAGGUAACUAAUAGAAUGUCAAACGAUGCUCCGCGUUUACACCUCAUUUUUGCAGCCCGGCUCUCGUAAGGUCAAAUUCGCUCUACCGAAAUCGUACAUUACCAACGGAAAAACCCCACAAAAAGUGUUUGACAUAGGAAUUUUGAACUUGGAAACGGUUUUCGCGAAAGAAGAACGCGAAUUGAUUGUGAGCCGAAAGAGAAGAGGAGGAAUGAACUCGGAUUAUAUGGAUCCUGAUAAUGCUGAGACCAAAUCUGAAGCGGCAAGUUCGGAGAGCAAAGAAGACGAGAAGGAGACUGAAACUGAAGCGUUUUUCUGA